UGUGAGGCCAACCUCACAAGGUAAAGAAAUCCACACACGGCAGCCAAUAGAAUACAUUCGACCAGCCAUCCGAUGAGUGAGGACGACGGAGUUAAGCGAAAGACUGCGUACCGCUUUACCACUCAAGUAGACAUAGACCUCCUUAAGGAGGUCAUGGCUGUAUGCCCACAUGAAGCUCCUUAUGGACAAAUCCUUGCACGAUGGGAAGAAGUUGUAGAGCACAUACGCGAAAUGCACGGCCCCGACCUGAUUACUGCAGGAUGUCGUAAGAGCCUGGAUGAUUUGAUGGCAGCAUUCAAGAAGGACACAGUGAAGUCCUUGCGCGCGACUGGUACUGAGGAAGAAUACAAUGAAAGAGAGCAGCUCAUCCAAGACCUGUCGGAUAUGAUGGACUCAGCGUACAAGACAAAAAAGGCACUUAAGGAAGAGAAGAGCAAGAAGAUCGACAAACGCGAAAAAGAGGGUCUCAUGUUGCGUGAAGCCGCCCUAAUGACAAUGAAGCGUAAGUCAGAUGCGCUUGAAGAGGAGGAGGAGGUAUCGCCCUCGAAGGUCAAGGAACCAAGACCAUCGUCUGUUCUUAAGGAUGCUGCGUCUGCAGUUGUCGACAUUUUGUCGAUGAUUGAUGCCUCAAAUGAAUUCAAGCGAGCCGAGAUCGAAGCCAAACGGGGGUCGAACGCCCUUUUGCAGCAUAAAGUGGAGUUGGAAGAACGUUGAUAUCUCCUGGACAAAGCAGAACGAGAAGCUCGUUUUGCACUGGAGCAACAAGAGCGCCAAUUACAACUUCAGUAUAUGCAGAGCACUAUUGACUUGCUUCGUAGCUUGGCCAAAAAGCUGCCCGAGAAUUAACAACACGAUAUCCUUUUAUGC